AAAUUAAGAGAAAGAAAGACACAAACAAAGAUGUUUGAUGGAGGAGUCCCCUCAGACCAGUUCCACCAAUUCGUAGCUGCAGCAGCAGCAGCUGCGGCUUCUUCAACAACUUCACAGUUGCAGCCUCCUCCUCCUUCUCUCUCUUUUCCUCUCCAUGUAUCCUCCUCCACCUUCCCUAGCUUUGAUCUUUACCCUUCCUGUAGUGGUGGUGGUGGUGGUGGUGCUGCGGCUGCUCACCAACCCCUCCAAGUCCCCCACCUUCUUCAUCCAUUGCACCACCACUCUUCUGCACCCCACAAAGAUGAUCAAGACAAGGAAGAAAACGCCUUGGUUUCUAUAAAUUUGGAGCCGCAGAGGGAGAGAUCCAUGCUUGACCUCAUCAAUCCCUGGUCCAAUGAUGAAGUGCUGGCGCUGUUGAGGAUCAGAUCUAGCAUGGAGAAUUGGUAUACAGACUUCACUUGGGAACAUGUGUCAAGGAAGCUAGCAGAGCAAGGGUUCAAAAGGAGUGCUGAGAAGUGCAAGGAGAAAUUUGAACAAGAAAGUAGGUACUUCAACACUACUAUGAAUUACAGUAAGAACUACAGGUUUUUCAGUGAGCUUGAAGAACUGUAUCAUGGUGAGAGCCCUCAUCAGCAGGAUGUGGCUGAAAAGAAUCAGAAGGUGGUCGAGAAACCAAAUGAAGAAGACAGGAGUUUGGAAGAGGAUUCAAGAAAUGAAACAGUGGUGGGAAACCCAUGUUUGGAAACUGAGAAAGUGGAGGAUAAAUCCAAGGGCAAGAAGAGAAAAAGGCACACCCAGAACAAGUCGUUUGAAAUGUUCAAGGGCUUUUGUGAGGCUGUUGUGAGCAAGAUGAUGGCCCAACAAGAGGAAAUGCACAACAAGCUUCUUGAAGAUAUGGUGAAGAGAGAUGAAGAGAAGACGGCGAGAGAAGAAGCUUGGAAGAAGCAAGAGAUGGAUAGGAUUAACAAAGAGAUUGAGAUUAGGGAGCAUGAACAAGCCAUUGCAGGUGAUAGGCAGGCUACAAUCAUUGGAUUCUUGAAGAAAUUCACAUCGAGUAAUCCUGUGGAAACCCCAUGCUUUGGCAAUAAUGAAGGUGAACUUUCUAAGGUACCAAGCAGGUCCAACCCACCAUCUUCACCUUCCUCAAUUCUCCCACAAAACCCUAAUCCCACAUCCCAUCUCAGUCCCCAAAACAAACAGCUGGAAGCACCUACUUCAUCCAGGAAGGUUAUAGUACCCCAUCAAAACCCUUGCUCUUUGACCACCCCAACCAACCCAAAUGCUCCCAUUGAUGAAGCCCAACCAUCCCAAAACCCUACUUCCAUGGUCCUAGAGUCCCAAAACCCCAAUUCCCUCAACACCCAAAAGAGCCCAUCAGCACCCACUUCAUUUCCAUCCAUUACUGAUCACAGAGAUCAAGAACUUGGGAAGAGAUGGCCAAGAGACGAAGUGCUGGCACUGAUAAACCUAAGAUGCAGUCUAAAUGUAGAAGACAAGGAAGGCGCAAAGGGGCCUCUAUGGGAGAGAAUAUCACAAGGGAUGCUAGCUCUGGGGUACAAGAGGAGUGCAAAGAGAUGCAAAGAAAAAUGGGAGAACAUAAACAAGUACUUCAGGAAAACCAAAGAUGUUAGCAAGAAGAGAUCACUCGACUCUAGGACAUGUCCCUACUUUCACCAAUUAAGCACUUUGUACAGCCAAGGAACCCUGGUAGUACCCUCCUCCGAAGCCCCAGCCCCGGAAAACUGCUUGAAUUCAUCGGAAAACCACUCAGCAUUACCGGAAAACCAAGUGGGGGGAUCAUCCAGUAAUACCAAUAUGCAUGCUGCAGAUGAAGGUGAGGAGAAUGCGGCUCAACUACCAGCUUAUGAUUUCAAAUUUUAGUGUUGGUUUUGGUGUGUUAUGCUUCCUUAUAAGUUCAUAUAAGCAACUUUUUUUUCUUCUUCUUUUUGGGUUAAAAACAUUGAGCACUAGAACCCUAUAUUUGCCAUUAUUUUCCUCUACAUAUAUUUCACGGAAGACAUAAAUACAUACAUGGGCAUAUAAUUGAAUUUGUCCUGGUGCACCGACAAGUAUGUAUGAGAAAUAGAACCAGCAAUAAUAAGAGGCAUGGUUGGCACAUAUACCAUUGUUAUUUUUA